AUGGAUAAAGACUUGAUAAUUGAUUGCAAUUAAAAUAAAGAAACUAUUGCAUAAUAUCUAAAUCAAACUCGAAAAGCCUAAAAUGAGAUCUUACUCAAAAAAUCUCCUUAAUAUUUACAUUAUCAAUCAUCUAAAUAUGGAAUUAGAUAACCUAUUCAAUUAAAAAAUCCUCUUCUCAUUAAAUCAUUAUUUUAAACUAAGAAACUCUUUAAAGAGAGAGAUACUUCACUUCCUAUUUAUACUCUCAAGACUCUACCUAAUUAACCAAUCCUUUCAUUUUAAACUGAUCGUAUUCAUGGCAGAUGUCCUGCAUUCAAAAAUUUUCGUUUAAAAUCAGGAUUAAAAUAAAUAAGAAAUUCUCCUGAAUAAUAUAUAAGAAUUGAGACUGCACCUGCAAUGUGUAAAAGUCCAGUGACAUAAAAGACAACUCUUUCAAAUAUAUUUAAAACAUAAAUUUGUAAUGAA